AUGGCAGAUAAGGAUCUCAGCUAUCUCCCAACAGUUGGUGUUGCUAUGGCAUUGCCAGAAGGUCCACAGUUGCAGACGCCAGAUAUCGAAGGCCAUGUGUUUUGUUUCUUGCCGUUACCAAUCCAGACGAAAAGCUUAACUGGUUUGCCUGUGCACGUCAAUGGUUUCUUCGCUUUGAGUCAGAAUAGGCGUUACAUUAAGUCUCCAAAUGCAGACCAAGAAUAUCGCCAGAAGGCAGGGCGUAGGAUGACUGAUAAGUCCUUGUUAUGGAACAAGUGUCUUCUCGAAGAAGCCCUUCCCAAGGCUUACGCCACCAUGAUUUUGGAAGCCAUAAAGGAGAAGUCUGUCUUCAUUUCCAGGACCGCAAUCUAUAAGUAACAUGCCUAAAUACAGCCCUAAUCAACUUUGUUUGCCACUCAGUUUCUUCACUCCUGUAAAAGAUUCAUCUUCAAUUGUACGAUUCUCGAAAAAGAAUCGCUUACUUGCGUUUACUUGAAAGAUCUCAACAAGAUAUUUGGUGAAAUAGAAAAAAGCAGCAUGUCCUUCUAUCUUCAACAGGAAGUGGAGCAAAUGCAACUACUGUUUCUGAGUUGUUAGGUCAAUCAAAUGAUUUCUGUUGGAUGGUUAGAGACGUCUUCAUUUUCUGUGCAGUUUUCGCGAACAAAGUCGUAGUCAGUCAUCCUGACUGAAGUUUUUUUUAUGGAAAAAAAAAUUUUCAACUCCAACUUAAGAAGACAGGAUAAGAUUAACAAUGAAUGAUAAUCCUUAAAAUAUAUUCAGAGAACAUAACAUAACAGUUUGUCGAAAUGAAUUGACACUUAGCUGAAAAGCUACUGAGUUUUACUGGAAAACUCACAAAAGAAUAUUUGCAAUAAAAAGAUUAAAUCUUUCUUACUAAAAAAUUAUAUAGAGUAAGCUUAUAACGCCUUCAAAUAUACUUGUAAUUAAAGUGAAACUCUUACAAAUCAUUGUUAUCUGAGGUUAGAGGAUUUCUAUAUUCACUGUGCUGUGCGUAUUAACUGGAUAAGUAUGGCAGGUCUGUCAUAAACCACCACCUACAGCGAAAGUGUGAUCUCUUUUUGUUGUUGUUAUUCAUAUAAAGAGGUACUGCUUAUUCAAGGUAAAGAAAACCGGGAGUCGCAGUAAGUACGCGCAUUUUGUAUCUCGUUUCAGAGCGUGGCCUGAUAUCAACAUUAUAGACAAGCAGUGGAAAGGGCUUGAGGAACCUUUAUUUCGGUUGCUUUUGGCAAAGAACGUUGUUCACACAGAAGCAAAACGUGGAUGGCUGGCAGUUUCAGAAGCGCUUUUUCAUCGUCGAACAGACCGCAAAGAACAUCAGCUGCUUCUUGAGGUUCUGCUAUCAGUCGGUGUCCCUGCUAUCACUGUUCCAAGUCAUGUGCUGCAGGCUGUGGAUGUCUAUGCACCAGGUCAAAAGGAAAUCACGCCCCCUCUGACGCGACAUGUAUUAAGGAAGGUACCCUCAUGCUACACUAGUCUUCAUAAGACGGAGAAGUUGCUACUUCUCCAGUUCUGUCUCAGUGAUCAUCUUUUCGAAGAUCUGGAUAACCUAAAGCUUCUACCAUUAGCCAACGGAACUUUUGAUAAAUUUGACAGUCACACUUCCACAGUUUACAUAACCUCUCCAGAACAUCCUCAAGAACUGUUUCCAGACAUACCUGAAAAAUUUUUGCAGAAAGAUUUAGAAGAAGAUAUUCUUCAAAACCUAAGAAGUGCAGCUUCUGAAGGUAGGCGUAAUAGUAAUUAAAAAAUAUUAAUACAGGACGUCGCCGUCACCCAUGGGUGGUUUUCAGACGAGACCUGUCACUAAAUUAAAACCAUACUAAACAAAAAAAAACACUAAAUACGUAAAAUAGACAGUAAAAAGUACGAAGUCUCAUUUUCUCUAUCAAAAUUAUGCUAAAAGAUGUAAAACAGUUUCUAAAAACUGCGAAUACUUUCACUGUUUCUGAGUUUAAGAGGAAUAUCGUUCCAUUCUUUGAAUAGAAGAUAUGAAGAACGCAGUUGGCCUUUACUACAACGAGGCAUUUUUUUUUUUCAAACGGACGUGCUUAUAAUUAUUGUGUUUAAACACACUAGGACAAACUCAACUACAACUCCUUAGAAGUCAUCACGUACCUGAACUUCUUUGGCAGUCGCUUCCGCAAGACUGGAAGAAAGGCGACUCAAUCUUGUGGUAUCCAGAUANCACUAGGACAAACUCAACUGCAACUCCUCAGAAGUCAUCACGUACCUGAACUUCUUUGGCAGUCGCUUCCGCAAGACUGGAAGAAAGGCGACUCAAUCUUGUGGUAUCCGGAUAGCCCCAGUCACCAUCAUCCUUCACGGACGUGGAUUCAGUCGCUCUGGAAUUAUCUGCAACGCCAUUUUAAAACUGAGAGGGAUAUUCGCAAACUCGAAGGACUACCUCUGAUCCCAUUGAGUAUGUCUCGGACACCUGUUACCUUGACUCGUCUCUCCCGCCCCAGCAGGACUGUUGUCAGACGUUCAUAAGCUACCAUCCAGGUGUUGUGGGAACCUAUGUGAAUUUACCAACUGUCCCGGGCGCUGUGAAAGCAAUGAUGACAACUGCCUCAUCUUUGCCCUCAGGAAGAUUUCUAGAAAUUAUUCAAAAAGAAGCUUCCACUAAAGAAAAGCUUGCUUUGAGAUCAUUUCUUGCAAAUGUCCGACCAUCUGACGUAGUAAAGGAGGGAUAUAGCGCCUUUUUUUGCUCCCUUCCCAUUUUUGAGACUCUCUUCAAGAGGUUCGUUUCCAAGAAUGAUGGCCUAAGUGCUGCGCGUGCUAAGGCUCUUCCGGUUCCUCCACUGCAUGAUCUUAUUGAUAUUUCAAACGACGAUUCCAGGAUUUUAGCACAACUCCUAAAAAUCAAGAUUCUACAGCCUAUUGAUGUUCUAUGCAAAAUGAUCUUUCCGGACAUAAAUGAAGGACGCUACAAUGACGAACAAAUUGAUAAGGUGAUGUUCUACGUGCUUGGAUGUUUUACAAAUACUAUCCUUCAAAAUGAUAGUUUCAAGCGGCAAGUACAAGCUUUAUCCUUUGUCCCAAAGAAGAGAGAACGGGUUAGGGCGUCAGGUGUGUUUGAUCCCAGAAUCGAAACACUGAAAAGGAUAUUUGCCCAAGAAGACGUCUUUCCCGUCGGUGAGAUGUACAAUGAACCAACUACACUCGUUAUUUUGGAGAAGCUUGGAAUGAAAAACGAAUCCAACGUCACUGCCAGAGACCUCUUCCACAGUGCUAAUCAAAUAAGCAGACUUUCACAACACCAAACAGCAAUACAGAAGUCUAAGGCAAUUUUACAUCAUCUGAACACUCAUCCCAAGAUGCUGAGGAAAACAGUCGAUGGAAAAGAGCUGGGAUUGUUACUGAUGAAAAUUCAGUGGCUGACACGAUUGCGACAGAAAGCAUCACUUUUUCCUCCUUCGCUUGCGUUGUGGAAAACUAAAGAAGGAGAUGAAUGCUUUUUCAAGCCAACCGAGCUGAAGAGUCCUGCACUCGUGAAUCUCGUUGGAACUGUUAAGCCCGUUGUAGAACUAGAGCCAUUAAAUGAAGUUUCUGAGUACUUUGGCUGGCAAAAGCUCUCUCUUUCUAAUGUUGCAUUGCAGCUGCGAAAUGUAAUACAUUGUUAUUCCAAAGAAGAGAAACCAUAUUACAUGGUUAUAUUAAACGAAAUUUACUCCUUCCUCAGUCGUGGAAACUACCAAACCUUAAGUGAGGCAUUUCAGAGAGCAGGAAUCGUCAACUGGGUAUGGAAUGGAGAUGGCUUUUCCUCCCCUGACCAAAUGCUUUCCAGUAAACCACGAAUUGAUCUUGCGCCCUAUAUACGUCCUCUUCCCUCUGAGAUGAAGACGUUCAUCCACCUUUUUCAUUGUUUUGGAGUUAAAUCACAGAGUGAUUCAACUAUCCUAUUGCACGUUCUCUACGCGAUCAAAGAAAAGUAUGACUCUGCACUGUCUUCAUUAUCAGUUUUUGAAGUACGUCACGACGUACAGUUAUCUGUUGGCAUAUUAAACGAGNGUAUGGAAUGGAGAUGGCUUUUCCUCCCCUGACCAAAUGCUUUCCAGUAAACCACGAAUUGAUCUUGCGCCCUAUAUACGUCCUCUUCCCUCUGAGAUGAAGACGUUCAUCCACCUUUUUCAUUGUUUUGGAGUUAAAUCACAGAGUGAUUCAACUAUCCUAUUGCACGUUCUCUACGCGAUCAAAGAAAAGUAUGACUCUGCACUGUCUUCAUUAUCAGUUUUUGAAGUACGUCACGACGUACAGUUAUCUGUUGGCAUAUUAAACGAGGUGACACAAGAAGAAUUACCACCAGAUAUUCAAGAGAGGAUUGUGAUUCCUGUUUACAUAGAGGACAACACAUAUGUACGACUUGAACCAGUGGAGCGCUGCAUGUACAGUGAAGACAGCGAUUGGCUGAUGAACGGAGGCGACGAUGAAGAUAUGGACUACUUCUACGUGCACCCCAAUGUUCCUCAUCUCACUGCUCAACGUCUUGGUGUUCCUUCUCUUACAAAUCGAAUGUUGGAUCCUGACGAGCUCUUCAUAGGAGAAGAAUUUGGCCAGCACGAAAAGCUUACUACUCGUCUUAACAAACUACUACGAGACUACACCGAUGGAUUUGCAGUGCCAAAAGAGCUAAUUCAAAACGCAGAUGAUGCAGGUGCUACUGAGGUUAAAUUUCUUUACGAUGAACGAACUAAUCAGGAUGCUAUAACCUGCCUCCUUGACCAAGGGAUGAAAGAUUGGCAUGGUCCCGCUUUAUGGGUGUACAACGAUGCAACGUUUAAAGAUGAAGAUUUCGUUAACAUCACGAAACUAAAUGAAGCAACCAAAGCGCAUGACACCGCAAAGAUCGGCAGAUUUGGACUUGGAUUCAAUGCAGUGUACAACCUGACAGAUGUGCCCAUGUUCGUAAGUAAGAACUUUUUGGCCAUUUUUGAUCCUCACACUUCCUUCCUGGGAAAAGUGAUCAGAAACGUAAGAAGACCAGGAAUUAAACUCAAUCUCAACAAAAACGUCAAAAGGCUGAAAAAAUUCAAAAAUCAGUUUAAGCCCUUCAAUGGCAUCUUUGGCUGUGAUUUACAUCUUGAUAAACAGGACAGCUCAUUUGAUGGAACCCUUUUUCGAUUUCCACUGCGGACGAGAGAUCAGGCUUCCGCGAGUGAAAUUAAGAAGUUAUGGUACAACCAAGAGGAGAUGAGAGAAUUGUUGCAAAUGUUUCUCCAGGGGGCGAAGAAUGUACUUCUUUUCACUCAAAAUGUUCUAAGUGUGGGAAUUUAUCACUUGCCGAACACAGAAAGUCAAGAUCCAGAACUUACAUUGAUGUUUCAGGUCACGAAAUCGGCUUCCCAUUCAGGAAUCCUGAGAGAACUGUCGUUUACAUUUACCCUUCCUCCAACUUCAUUUAAGCUUACUCCAAAGGAAAUUAGUUUUCUUCAACAGUGCAACUUCCUUCAAGCUUCAUCAAAAAGCAAGAUGAUGGCACAUGGCAAGAAAGUCGACCCCCCAAAUUUUCCAAAGUCGUCCAUGAUAGUUGACGUCGAGUGCAGGCUAACAAAAAGUGGUUCUGAUUUCUUUCAUGACGGUUUUCAUAUGGAAAAGGCAACAUGGCUCAUUGUUUCGUCUAUGGGGAAUGGCCAAGCUCUGAAGUUUGCAAAUGACGAUGCCAGCCUUCUUCCAUCAGCAGGAGUAGCCGUUCAGUUGCUUCCAACAGAGUGAAACUCUUUCUUGCCCUUGCCAGUUUCGAAUACAUUUAA